AGUACGUUCCUACUCUACGAUUAAUAGUAAAGUAACAAAUAUGGCUGUUGAUUUUUGCGUAAGUCUUUUUAGUGAUGAAGAAGAUGAGAAGGAAUUUACUACGAAGAGAGAAUUCUCGGAUCCUUUGAGGAUGUUUCGUUAUUGUGCUCAUUCCGAGAGAGAUAUAACGAACGAUUGGAAUUCCAAGGCCGAAUGGACCGGUGAAAAAUGGUCGGAAACUGUUAAGGCCUCGAACUUUUCUGAAUCGUUUACGGAAGACAGGAAAAGAGUAAAUAGGAAGAGGAAAGCCUAUUCCGUUCUAGUAGAGCAUCCUGUUGGAGAGUUGGAGCAGUCUCCAACGGUUAAAUUGCAUUUGGAAGGUAGCCAAUUGGCUGUCGGACUGCAAGAACAAUUGAUUAAUAAGGUUAAUUUGGACGCUUACCCAGAUCUUGAUUUGUCAACUUUAUCUUGUAAAGUAAAAAAAGGUUAUUUUAUACUUAAAUCCGGUUCAAGUAGAUCAAGAAAGUGGAGUGGAGAUUCUAGAAAACGUGUAUAUUGCGAUGAAAAUGGCGACAGAAUGCUACAAUUUCUCAUACCAAUCAGACACGGUUCCAUACCUGAACAGGUCACGUGGGCAUAUAAAAAAAUUAUUAGAGAAAUAUUAGAAAAAAAAAGAAAAGCUUCCAUAAAGAAGACUUCCAAAUGUUAUAAAGUAAAAGAGAAAAACCGGCUUACGUGAGAAACUUUGUAAUGACAUUGCAAGAAAAGUUGUACAUAACGCAACAUAAGAAAUUGAGGAUAAGUUCUAUUUUUAGGUUAAGGUCGAUGUUGAUCGAAAAAAUCGUACUGUAAAUAUCAUGGCAAGUUCAGUUGUUGAAAAGGAAUGGAUGAAUAUUGAAAAAGUAUUCUCCUUUUCGCAACACCUACCACAAAUGGUUGACUUGGAAAAAGUCAAAGUGAGAAUGAGAUCGGAAGACGACGAACCAAUACCCUACCUCGAAAUUUCGGCUCCUUUUCAGGACGAAAUAAGAAAUUCCAACGAAAGAAGGAGUUCAUUUUGAAAGUGAAUACAUGUCCGUGGGCGGGAAACAUGGGAAGGAUAUAAAGUAUUUUGCGUGGGAGGACAGGAUGUUAUUUGUUGUUAUUUGUUGUUCUUAUACUGUUUUAACUUGUUAAGAAAUGUUGAACUUUUACUUCUUUUGUGUACUUGAACAAUGAUUCAUACUUGAGAAACAAUCUAGUGUAAAACAAAAAGAUAUGUUAAUUGCUAUUACAAAUAGCAAUCUGUCUAUAUACAAUAUAAACUAUAUACUUAAAUAUAUACAUUACCUGUAUUCAUAAAUGUACAUAGUAUCUUGUAGUGAAAUGUUAAUACUUUUGUAUGAAUAUUUUAAGUCUAUUUGCUACGAAGUAGAUGUUUUUUUUAAAUGUGAACUAUAAAGCAAGAAAUAAAAAAAUUACUAACUGAAUAGAGAGAAUACAUACAUUAUUUCUUUUGAAGAGAAAUAUUAGAAAUAACUCAACCUUUUCUUAUUAUAAACAUAAUGUAUAAAUAUCAUAAUGAUUAUCUUCAUUGAAAACAGAGGAAGUAAAGGGAUAUACUAAAGAAUUAUUACUCGAAUGACUAACUUACAAGUAUUUUUGUUAUUCUUCAUUUAAAAUAAAUAAAUAAACAAAGAACAUUUUUACAG